AUGAAGCGAUUUCAACAUUCCUCGGAAAUAAUUAGUCGAUACUUCUACAAAGAUAUGCAAGCACUUGUGAGCUUAACAACACAAAACAUUAAGCAAUCCGAUCCAUCGUUCACAACUAUUCCUGAACAAAUUGCUAAUAAUCCUCGUUACAUGUCGUAUUUCAAAAACUGCAUUGGAGCAAUCGAUGGUACUCAUGUGAAUGCCCGACUACCAAGUCAUGAAAGAAUCGCGUAUAUUGGUCGGAGUGGAAUCGAACACAGUGUUUCCCUCACCCAUCUCCAGUCUUUCAUAACAGGAAAGUAUUAUUUGGUAGAUGUUGGGUAUCCGAUGCUAAGGGGCUACCUGAAGCCCUAUCCAGACACCAGAUAUCAUAUUCCUGAUUUUGAGCGAGUGCAUAUUGUGGUGGCCACUAUGUCACUUCACAACUUCAUCCGAGGACAUCCCUCUCAUUCAGAUACGGACUUCGAUAUUGCUGAUGAUGAUCCAAUUAUUGACUCCCUAAAACCUUCAGGAUCUCUAGCUGAUAAUGAGAUCGGGUCUACUGAAUAUGAAACUCAGGACAGUGAGGGUGCAGCCGAGAUGAUUGCUCUGAGGGAUUCUAUAGCAGAUGCUAUAUAUGACAGAUAA